AUGGCCAAAGAUUCGGGGACCAUCAUGUCCCUGGUCGAGCGCUAUCGUCCUUCGUUAUUCGUCUUAGCUUCGCAGGUGGCCGCCGCCACCCUGAACGCCGCCGCGAAGUACGCCGAGACUAGACUCGAGCAAGUCCAUCCCUUCCAGGUCCUCCAUGUCCGCAUGUUGAUCACCGCCCUCGGAUGUACCUGGUAUCUCUGGCGCACCGGCGGAUCUAAGAAGUCCGACCUCUUGUUCGGCACGCCUGACGUCCGGGGCCUGAUCUUGCUGCGAGCCCUCGGCGGUACUUGCGGUGCUUCGGGUUUUUUCUUUUCUAUGGUAUAUUUGAAUCUUAGUGAAGCAACUGCUUUAAAUUUUCUUGGUCCUCUAGGGUCGUUGAUCCUGACUCGUUAUCUGUCAUUCGCUAGUGUCCAAUGGACUGACUGCCUCGGCGCCGUUGGUGCGCUUGGGGGAGUCGUACUCAUAUCCCAGCCUGAAGAGAUAUUCGGCACGGUACAAGCUGCCGAGCGUAAUGUCUCGGCGGAUGCCACUGCCAAUAUGAAGGGCUUGGCUUUUGCCGUGCUUGGCCUCUGUGGAGGUGUCAUCACCCUCACGUCGAUCCGCUGCAUUGGAAAGAGGGCGCACCCGCUGACCAGUGUUAAUGUAUUUGCAUGGAGCUUGGCAACUGUGAGCUGGAUCGGUCUUAUGAUAGUUCCAGGAAUUACUUGGCCUAAGAACCCGCUCACGUGGCUUUGUCUAGUGUACAUCGGCACCUGUGGCCUUGCGAUGGAGUUCACCCUCACCGUUGGAAUAUCCAGCGACUCAUCCUCAGCUGCUACUGUUAUGAUUUAUUCUCAGAUAGUUUGGGCUCUGAUCCUGGACCGCGUCUUGUUCCAAUCUACGAUCAACCUCUGGGAAAUAUUAGGUGCCGUUAUUGUUAUUGGCAGCUUAACUCUUGUUACCCUGACCGGGAAAAGCCCCAAACCGGAUACUGUUGAGUACAAAGACAUAAGAUGUGAAGACGAAGAGGCAGGCAGAUUGAGUUUAGAAGAAACCCAUGCCGAGCCAACCAAUGACAAUCCACAAGAGAAUCAACAAAUUUCUUCAACCCCGAUGACCAACUCCGAGAUGACAAUUCGAACAUGAUCUUCCAAAUAGAUCGAUGUGACUGGGGUAUGGCCUGGAGGAUUUCUAUUAACAACAACAUUCACUCGUUACGAGUCACUCAUUGAAGAUUUUCUUGGAUAAUGCAUAUAUACCCGG